AAGAACUCAAAGAAAAAGCAGACAGAAAGAGAAGCCAUGAGAAGAGGAGGCAGAGCGCUUCUUAGCCUCUCUUAUAUUCUGCACUCCCCAGUGAAGAAGCAUUACCCACUUGCAAAAUCACCAUCACCCACUUCUGGUUUUCAAGGGAGUACCAGUUUCUCAAUCUCUUCCUCCUCCCACAUAACCCCUUCUGUUCAACAAGAAGAAGAAAAUACUUCAUCAUCAUCAUCCAAGUCCCAAAGGGAUUCACUGAUUUUGGAACAGUUCAGACAAAAGAAACUCAAAGGGUCUUCAAAAGACUCAAAGGGUAAACCCCAAGUUUCAACUUCACCAUCAUCAAGUUCCGAUACUACUACUGAGAAGGUGGUCCAAAAGGGUUCUCAGAAUGAGAAUGAAGCUGAUAUGGUGGUUGCAAGUUUUAACGAGUUGGGUAUGAGUGAGGAGCUUGUUGAGGUAAUGGAGGGGAUUGGUGAUUUUGUUCCAAGUGAGAUACAAUGUGUGGUUAUUCCAUCUAUUUUGGAAGGGAAGAGUGUGUUGUUGAGUUCACCAUCUCAACCUGAUAGAACCUUGGCCUACUUGUUGCCCCUUAUUCAGCUGUUGAGACGGGAUGGAGAGUUGCUUGGUUCGAAUUCAAAGCAUCCCCGGGCCAUUGUGCUCUGUGCUACAGAGGAGAAAGCUGGACAGUGCUUUAAUGCUGCAAAAUAUAUCAUCCAUAAUGCAGAAUUGAAGUCUGCUAAGGAUUGUGCUUCACCAGAUAACGAGCACUCAAAUGCCUCAAUCGGCCUCAUGAUUGGAACUCCAUGUGAGAUUCUUCAAUACAUUGAAGAGGGUAGUGUUGUUCCUGCUGAAUUAAGAUACUUGGUAUUGGAUGAGGCGGAUUUCAUGCUUGGUAAUGGCCUUGGUCCUGAAAUCAACGAAAUUUUCAGACCAUUACAAGAUCAAGAAUCAAAACCUACGAUAAAAAAAUUGCAAACUAUUUUGGCAAUAUCAACAAUAGCUGAAGUUUUGGGUGAACAAUCCCCCUUUGUAAAGCAUCUUGAGCGUGAUCAUGCAGGAAAUAUUUCUGCAAUGUCUUUAGAAAUGGAGCAAACAGAAGUUUUUCAUUUCAUAGAGUCUCUGGAUGCUCUAAGGAAAAAGGUGGCGGAAGCCAUGGAUUCCCUUUUGAAAUAACAAUAACAUCUUGAUCUACAACUUCUCCGGCAUAUCAUACAAGAAAAAAUGUCAAAAAUAUGGUUUAUUGUCGGUUGAGUUUAUUGUGUCUGUAUAUAUUGUUACCAUAAUCUUUUUCUUUCUUUUUUUGAUAUAUUCACUAGUUCAUGGAUUACCAUAUUAAUCUAAUUGGAGCACUCUUGGACCCAUUGUAGGGGAUUAUUCUCCCAAGAUCAUUUUCUC